AUGGAGACCAAGGAGGACAACCAGCGCAUGCGCUCGAUCGCAUUCUUUGCGGUAGCCGUCUCGACGGCCGCUGUGAUCGCCUCCGCCAUCACCACCCCCAUGCUGUACAGCUACGUGCAGACUCUCCAAAGUCAGGUCAACGCUGAGACCGAAUUCUGCCGAUUGCGCUCUCGUGAUAUGCUCGUUAGCAUGUAUCAGAUGGCUCCUAAGGGCCGUGCCAAGAGAGGAUGGCUGUUCGGACAGUGGGUACCUGAUGGUGGAGCUGGAGGUGGCGCUGAAUACGGUGGCGCGUCUAACGAGCAGGGCUAUGGGCCAGCUCCCCCACCAAGCAACGGCUACGGUCCCGUUGUCAACGCCGAACCCGAACCACAGUGCUGCACUUGCCAGCAAGGACCAGUCGGACCCGCUGGUCCUCCUGGAGAUGAUGGUAAGGACGGACACGAUGGCGAGAAAGGAGCUGAUGGCAAAAAUGGACGCGACGGUGGCAUUGAAGGUUCUGACGGACUUCAAUCUGAGCCAUGCGUUAUCUGCCCACCUGGACCACCAGGUCCACCUGGAAAUGCUGGUGCUAAGGGACCCCAAGGACCUCGUGGAACUCCUGGACUUUCUGGAGUCGAUGGACGUCGUGGAGAGCCCGGUAUGGUUGGACCUGCUGGACCCGGUGGAGAGCCCGGUGUUAGUGGACCUAAAGGAAAGAAGGGUGAAGAUGGUCACGUCAUCAACGUUAACGGACCACCUGGACCACCUGGACCUCCUGGUCCAAAGGGCCGCAAGGGAGAGCGUGGACCUAAGGGACGUGUCGGAGCCGUUAUUCCUGGCCCACAGGGACCAGUUGGAGACCAAGGAAAGAAGGGUCGCUCUGGACGGAAGGGAGAGAACGGAGGUCCUGGAGGACUCGGAUCCAAGGGACCUGAUGGCGACUGCUUCCACUCGGCUGUUAUCGCCAGUGUCGUCACAUUGCCAAUGCUCUACAGCUAUGUGCAGUCAUUCCAGAGCCAUCUCAUUGUCGAAACCGAGUACUGCAAGAGUCGAGCGAGGGAUAUGUGGGUGGAGAUGCAAGUGUUGCACAAAUCUGGCGUUCCCCGAUCUAAGAGAGAAGCUGCUGGCACGUGGUUAUUUGGACAGUUUGUGCCAGAUGGUGGAGCUGGCGGUGGUGGACAUUACGUAGGCGGCCCCACCUCCGAAGGUGGAGGUGGUGGUGGGGGUGUUGGUGGUGUUGGCGGUGGUGGUGGUGGGAGCAGAGGCGGGGUUCCCUUCGCCAACGCUCCAAACGGUGGCCCAUUGGGCGGCUUCAUUGCUGGUGCUGGUAGCGCCGGCUCAACUUCCAUUGACAUUGGACCAACCUGCUGCCCCUGCCAACAAGGUCCUGCUGGUCCUCCUGGUCCACCGGGAGACGAUGGACAUCCAGGAAACGACGGUCAUGCUGGCGCACACGGAGCUCCAGGAAAAGAAGGUUCCAUCCUACAAUCAGCUCUACCUCCUGCAGAGCCAUGCCUCAUCUGCCCACCUGGACCACAAGGUGCAGUCGGAAUGCAGGGACCAAAGGGACCCCCAGGACCAAAGGGCAAGUCUCACGAGCGCGCUCCUGACGGAAAAGCAGGAGAAACUGGAAUGAUUGGACCACCAGGGCCACCCGGUAUUGUUGGAGAAGCGGGACCUCCAGGACCCCAAGGACAACCAGGUCGCGUUAUUCAGGUUAACGGACCUGCUGGUCCAGCUGGCCCUAGAGGAGAGAAGGGACCACCUGGCCCUAAAGGAGUUCCUGGAGUCAACGGCACGAAUGAACCUGGCGAGCAGGGACCUGCAGGCGCUCAAGGAAAUCCAGGACCCCCCGGCCAGCCUGGACCGCAAGGACCUCAAGGACCACCAGGACCAUUUGGUAAGUUAUUCUCCAAGAAUUCGAUAGUUCAAUAG